GUGAAAAGGUAAGUGACGAGAUCGAUCAUAAAGCAGAGAGAUGGGUAUGCGUAUUUCAUCUGUGUUAGCGCAUUUGCUAUUCGUUGCUAUAACAACCCUUGUUCUCAUCUGGCUUUUAAGAUUCCGGGAAGGCCUUUCUUUCCACUCUGCAGGCAACAAUUUCAAGAUUUUCAAUCUUCACCCACUGUUUAUGGUCGUUGGCUUUGUAUUAAUCUCCGGAGAAGCCAUAUUGGUAUAUACCACACCCAUGAGGCUGGGUUAUGUGAUGAGUAAGAGACUGAAACCAUUGCACAUAAGUCUACACUUGAUAGCCCUUGGUGCUGCCAUUGUUGGACUAUAUGCAGUUUUCAAGUUCCACCAUGACACUGGAACUUCAAAUCUUGUUUCCUUGCAUUCCUGGAUUGGCAUUUCCACUGUCGCUUUGUUUGCUUUGCAGUGGGUGUUCUCCUUCUUCACCUUGUUGUUCCCAAGUUCAAGACCAUCAAGUAAAGCUCCAUGGCAUGCUCUGUUUGGGCUCAUCAUCUUCUCCAUGGGAAUACUAAGUGCAGUGACAGGCUUGCUGGAGAAAUUCAUAUCACUGGACCUCAAAAGGGACCAAGAAGGAUUCAUAGUCAAUUUCAUAGGACUUUUGUUACUUCUCUUUGGUAUUUCUGUUGGCUUAACUGUUCUCUUACCUCGUGGCUACCUACUAGAAAUCUGA